AUAAGAAGAAAAAAUAAGAUGCAGGUUAUGUUUAGCAAACGUAAACAAUUGUAUGUAGUAAAUAAAAUCAGUUAUUAAAAUGCAGUACUGCAAGCAAAAUACAAUUAAUUAAAUUUACCUUUAUAUAAUAAUUGCAUAUCAUAUCAAUAUUGUGGAGCAAUAUAUAAUUUUUCUGCGUCAAUGACAGAAGGUAUGAAAUAUACGUCAAUUUGACAAUUUCAAUUGACAAUAUGAAUUAUUUAAGAUAGAUGCAAUAUUUCUCCGCGACUCGCGCACGGUCGUUUCUCGUUUCCCUUUCCAAGUACUUGCACACCGCGGAUAGCCUUAACAUACCAUACUACUGUGAUCUGUGAUCGACUUUUUUGCAACAUAAAUAUUGACUCCUUUUUACCCAGUGCGGUCCUGGUUUUCAAUCCUUUGAAGAAGAAGAAGAAGAGUGAACAUUUUUUCGUUUUCCCAACCUCAUUUUAUAAUCUGUCAGAUAGAAAAAAUAAUGGCGAACGAUAGAGAAAUUCUUCGAGAAAUUUGGGAAGGCAAAUUGCCGAUUUGUUUUCGAUUAGACAGUGAAGAAGUUGCAGAUGUUCGCGAACCAGACCCAUUUUAUUUGAUGGUUCCAAGACUCAGUUACUUUCCGUUAGUAACAGACAAAAUAAAACGACACUUUCUCAAAUAUGUAGACUGUGAGAAGUCUGAACAAGAAAUGUGGCUGGAAUACAAUGGACAACCCUUAAAAUGGCAUUAUCCAAUCGGGGUGUUGUUUGAUCUUUCGUUUGACAAAGACGAGAUUCUGCCUUGGAAUAUAAUUGUGCAUUUUGACAAGUUUCCUGAAGCUGAGAUUUUUAGAUUUAGUAAUAAAGAUAUGGUAGAGGCUUAUUUUAUGUCUUGUUUAAAAGAAGCUGAUGUACUUAAACAUAGAGGACAAAUUGCAGGUAGUAUGCAGAAAAAGGACCACAAUCAGUUAUGGUUGGGAUUGCAAAAUGACAAAUUUGAUCAAUUUUGGGCUGUAAACAGGAAACUAAUGGAAACUACAAAUGAUCAAGAUCAUUUUAAAUACAUACCGUUCAGGUGCUAUAUGGAUAGUGGAUAUAAGCAAAAACUGGUAAAGCCUGUUACAGAAGGUGGUGCUAAAAAGACUCUACAAGACCUAAUUAACGAAAUAUUUCCAGAAAAUGGCGAUGUAAAAGUAAAGACACAUGGACUCAUUCCUCCUUCAGAUACUCCUCUACAGUGGCUGUCGGAACAUUUAAGUUACCCAGACAACUUUUUACAUCUUUGUGUUACGAGUUGAAGAGUGAUAUAAGAUACUAUAUUUAUUUUAGAUGUAUUGUUGGAUAUUCUGUUGCAUUUAAGGAUGGACCAUUAGUGUACAAGGACCCAAUUUUUUCGGAUGUGAAAGUAAAACAAAAAACAAAUAUUAAA